AUGGUUGUAAUCACUGAAACUUCCGACGACUUUAAUUGCGGCGAUCCAGGUACAAACAAGAACUCGCAACAACUCCAGAAUAAACGAAAAAAAGUCGAGAAAAAUACUUCUUUCCACAUUCCAGACGGAAUCGCCGAAAUAAUUUUGGCAAAGGUUAGGAGACGUGGUUACCCUGUUCUAACUCUCGUCUCCAAAACCUUUCGUGGCCUCAUCGUUACUCCGAGACUCCACGACUUGCGCUUGCGCCUUGGCGCUACCGAACCCAUUCUUUACGCUUGCGUGGGAUCCACUCUUUUUCUCAGAGGCCCUAGGUGGUGUAUCCUCUAUAGGAAACCCUACAGUAACUUGCCGAACACGGUUUCUGUGAGGUUGCUGGAAAUCGACUCACUCCCUCCCAUGCCUUGGGGAUCUGCUGUGGUCACAAUCGGGCACGAGAUGUAUGUGAUUGGUGGAUGCGUUGGCCUAACACGCACAAAUGUUGUGUUUGUCAUCGAUUGCAGAUUCCACACUUAUCGCUUCCUCCCGAGUAUGCGAGUGGCUCGUUGCGGCGCAGCGGCCGGAGUGUUCAACGGGAAGAUAUUCAUAGUCGGAGGCUGUGAGAUGCGAGCUAUGGAUUGGAUGGAAACGUUCGAUAUAAAGGGUAACUUUUGGAUAAGAGGCAGGUGGACAACAGGCAUACCACCUUACGUGAGUAGCAAGUUUGUGACAUAUGCGGUUAUGGAGAAGAAAAUCUACAUUUUGGGUGAAAGAAUGUGUUAUACUUACACUCCCGGAGAACAAGGAGGUUUACUAGAGUACGUGAUGCCAGGAGAAUUUAUGAGUUUUUUUUGGCAAGAGUCUUCUUGUGUGAUUGAUGGUUUGUUGUUUUCCACUAAUCCUCAACGGGGGCUUGGUGCAUCUCCAAUAAUCAUUUAUGAUCCAAAGCAGAAGAUUUGGAGACCCUUGACUGGUUUACAAGGUUUUCCGGCUAAUAUCCUUCUUCACAGCUCUAAAAUGGCGAAUUUUGGUGGGAAGUUGGUGAUUCUGGGACCCGAUGAGUAUUGGUAUUUUUUGAAUAAAGGGAAAAGAGAGAUUUGGUGCGUAGAGAUUGCUUUGGAAAGACGGCAAGGAGGUGAGAUUUCGGGGAAGGUUGAAUCAGUAGCGGUUGUGCUUACAGUCCCACAGCCAGAGUCAUUGGCUUCAAUUGAUGUUUGCGCAACUGUUACCAUUUGA